AUGGGCACCGCAUGGGCAGCCAACAAGCAGUUCCCUUGGGAAAUCAAUCGUUACAUUGGGGGAAUCGAAAAUGUCAAAAUCAACAUCACCUUGCGAAUCUAUGCUAACAAGUGGCACGUGUAUGCCGGCCUUGCUAUUCUCAACCCUGCCGCUGGAGAGCAGAUUCGGCAAUAUGCGCAAUCAGUCACCGAGCUCUUCAAGUUAAUGCUCGGUGGUCACCGAGAGGAACUUGCAAAGAGGAUCAAGACUGCAGGUGCAGCGGUAUUUUCCCAACACGCGGCUGAUCAGACCCUCCUCCUCGCCGAUGAUGUCCUGGAUCGCUUCUCGCUGGCUGAGACGCCCAAAGAGCGAAAGCCUAAUAAUCAUCUGAGCUUAUUAGCCAUUGUGGACUGCUGGUGGAAACUCGGUAUUGUGCCGUAUGACCAUAUGAUCUGUUCCACACCACUUUUCCGCAUCUGGCUUGGUGUCACCGAAUACCUUUUCCGCAACGAGAGACUGCUUGAUGAGGUCAUCAAUACCGCCAUUGAAGACGACACAUUUCGCUCGGAUGAUCUAGAAUUCACCUUCGCAGCUCGGGCUUGGUCUGAAUGUGUCUCCUUUGGCGCAUUCGAUGCAUAUCGCGACCGGUUCACGAACAUACAACAAUACUUUGCGCCCAGAUUCCCUGACGCUGUGAGGCUCGGUAACGAGAUGAUCAAAGAGAUCAUGGUGCACACAAAUUCUUAG